AUGUUGAUCUCUCUCUCUCUCUCUCUCUCUCUCUCUCUCUCUCUCUCUCUCUCUCUCUCUCUCUCUCUCUCUCUCUCUCUCUCUCUCUCUCUCUCUCUCUCUCUCUCUCUCUCUCUCUCUCUCUCUCUCUGCCUCCCCCUCUCUCUCUCUCUCUCUGUCUCUCUCUCUCUCUCUCUCUCUCUGUCUCUCUCUCUCUCUGUGAUUUUGCUGAAAGGUCAAACGGCAGUCGGGACGGGUGAUUCUUGUAAGGACGCACUUUUGUUCUCUUUGUGCGAUUUUUUUCUUUUUUUUCCUCUCUCUCUCUCUCUCUCUCUCUCUCUCUCUCUCUCUCUCUCUCUCUCUCUCUCUCUCUCUCUCAUAUCACACGUUCGGCAACCGCAGACCCUGCCCGUGUCGCGUUCAACAAUUACCAACGUUCGGGACGUUUACUUGGUCUGGGACGGUCAGCGUCGCGAUCUACGAGAGCACUUUCGCGCCGCGUUUUCCGCCCUACCCCCCUAUGGCGUGCAGCUGCAGUUUACCGCCCGUGAUGGCCGCCAAGCCCACUUUGACCUCAGUUUCCGAACAAACAAGAGCAACGGCCAGGUCUGCUCCAUGCGCGACUACCUCACCCAAGCCUCACGCUCUGCCACACAAUACUUUGCCAACUUUCUCGCCAGUCUGCAAGACGACGAGCCCAAUGUGUUUUCCAAUACAUUGAGCUUCCUCGUCAGCCGCGAACCCCUGAGCCUCCUCUUCGACCUGCCUAUUGAUAAAGAUGGCACCAUGACCAAGCCCUCGGACAUGUUUGAGCGCCAACUGAGCCACUUGGUGAAGCGAGCCGGCGGAACCUCCAUCCCCAUCAGCCGACUCUUCUCCGCCAAUCCCAUGCCCCAUCAACGGCGCGUGCGCGCUGCGCUCAUGCGGGGCCUGGCCACCAUUGGCUACGACUUUCUUCCGCGAACUUUCAAGCCUGCCUGGAAAGGCGAGCUCCAACCCGCCAUCUCUGCUGAUGUGCUCGAGGGCUUGGAGGUGGUCCCUUUGCGACGACCAGCCCAAACUACCCACGUGAGUCACCCAGAGUCCCCUCCUCAGCAGCUCUGGGUGUCUGGAAAGGACGAAGCCGCCGACGGGAGUGCAUCAGCGACGAGCUCGCGCCGCGAUUCGGGUUCUGCGGCCGCGGCAACGGGUGCGACUUCCACUGUUACCCAACCUUCCACGACUACCAGUGAUCAUGCCCUAGGCACGAGCAAGCCGCGUAAGACAAGUGCGAGCAAGCCAAAAACAUCGGCUCUACCAAGCACUACCUCUGAGGGCUCCUCAGCCUCACCGCCCGUCUCUGCCUCCACCGCCAAGCCAGCACCGGGCCCUCGGAAAAAUGGUAAGGGGCGCACUGCUGCCGGCGACUCGAGCGGGACUGCAGCACGGGGGCGGCCCCCUACCAAACGCGCCAACACCAAAGCCAAGGGCAAUGCCGACCUUGAAGCUGCAGAACAGCUUCUUCUGCUCGCGCAGGCCUCUGAUUGAUUGAUGGCCUGCCGUGCGGCCUUCACUCUGCACCCUUUUGGUCAACCUGUGUUCUUCCGCUGAGCGGAACUUGAAAAGAUGACCAGAUUGGUCCAUGUCCCCCAGUCGCCCGCCACAAACUUGGCAAGUCCUAGAGAUUUUCUUUGUUGUUGUUGUUGUUUUUCUCCUUUGCUUUGUGAAAUGUAGGCAUGCAUCGGAAACACUGCUUAGCGCUACUUGGGCGCCCCGUCCUUUGUACGGAGCGCGGGCGUGAACACUCAAUGAAAAUACCAAUUCAAAAUGGACAUUUC